UGUGGAAUUCUCUAGACCAUAAAAGCUGGGUGAGGGGAGUGAGGACUCAGUACCUCUGAGCAGGAGGUUUCUUCCAGAUGGGAGCUGUUGGUCAGCAUGGUUGUACAGGAAGAGGGCCCUGGACCUUGGGCCGUGAAGGCAGAGCAUGGCCACAAGAGGACUGGAGAGGACAGGCUUCUCUGGCCUUGGGAGCUGCUUGCCUGGCUCCUACCUGUCCUCUGGGUGCCACUCCUCUGGCUUUGCUGGGACCGGAAGCUGGCUCUGCGAGGGCUCCUUCAAUGGCAAUGAGAAGGCAACCAUGCAGGUCCUGAACGACCGCCUGGCCAACUACCUGGAGAAGGUGCGGCAGCUGGAGCAGGAUAACACGGAGCUGGAGAACCGCAUCCGUGAGUGGUAUGAGUGUCAGAUCCCGUACAUCUGCCCCGACUACCAGUCCUACUUCAAGACCAUCGAGGACUUCCAGCAGAAGAUCCUGCUGACCAAGUCUGAGAAUGCCAGGCUGGUCUUACAAAUUGAUAAUGCCAAGCUGGCUGCAGAUGACUUCCGGACCAAGUAUGAGACAGAGCUGUCCCUGCGGCAGCUUGUAGAGGCCGACAUCAAUGGCUUGCGCCGGAUCUUGGAUGAGCUCACCUUGUGUAAGGCUGACCUGGAGGCUCAGAUGGAGUCUCUGAAGGAGGAGCUGCUGUGUCUCAAGAGGAAUCAUGAAGAGGAAGUCAAUGCGCUCCGUUGCCAGCUUGGGGACAGACUGAAUGUGGAGGUGGAUGCUGCCCCUCCAGUGGAUCUCAACAAGAUAUUGGAUGACAUGAGAUGCCAGUAUGAGACUCUGGUGGAGAAUAACCGCAGAGAUGUGGAGGCCUGGUUCAACACACAGACUGAGGAACUGAAUCAGCAGGUGGUGUCCAGCUCAGAGCAGCUGCAGUGCUGCCAGACAGAGAUCAUCGAGUUGAGACGAACUGUCAAUGCCUUGGAGAUUGAACUGCAGGCUCAGCAUAGCAUGCGGAAUUCCCUGGAAUCCACCCUGGCUGAGACCGAGGCCCGCUACAGCUCCCAGCUGGGCCAGAUGCAGUGCCUGAUUACUAAUGUGGAGUCCCAGCUGGCUGAGAUCCGCUGUGACCUGGAGCGGCAGAACCAUGAAUACCAGGUAUUGCUGGACGUGAAGGCCAGGCUGGAGUCAGAGAUCGCCACCUACCGCUGCUUGCUGGAGGGCGAGGAUUGCAAGCUUCCUGCCCACCCCUGUGCCACAGAAUGCAAGCCUGGUAAGAGUUCCUUACAUCCCCUCUACAACCUGCACCCCAGCUGGACCCUGCACCCCAGCUGGACCCUGCACCCCAGCUGGACCCUGUACUCCAGCUCCACAAGUCAGCACCCAGAUCCGUACCAUCACCGAAGAGAUCAGGGAUGGGAAAGUCAUUUCCUCCAGGGAACACGUGGUGUCCCAUCCACUGUGACCACCCACCAUGGGGCCUGGGACACAGGAAGGAGGACACCCUGUGGUUCCCCGCAGCUAAAUGAUCUUGUGUCUCCCUAAAGGGCCCUCCUUGCUUAGCAAGUUUUUCUAUCAAAAUUCUUCUAUUGUUUCUGGUCUUAACUGUGCUUUUUAUGCCUUGCAAAACCAGCUUUCCCUGGAAACGUACCCAAUAAA